GGUCAUUCGAUUGGAUAUAGUAUAAAAGCUUAGCUGCUCUCAUAGUUUGUACAUGGUUGAGCUCGAUACGUACUUCGCGAGGUCGCCUUCUCCAUUGGUCAUAAUGCGGCAUAUAUUCACAGCAGUUUGCCUUGUGGGUCUUGUUGCCUUAACAGCAAAUGCGCAUACUCUUCCCGAGGAAGAGUCAAGCGUUGAUGCAGUAUUUGCGAACGCUGCUCAAGAGGCCGUUUAUCUGGGCGAGAUCCUUCGUGACGUAGCAGAUACGCUAGAAAAGGACGAAGAGCUGAGCGCCGAGGGUGAAGAGUACUUUUUCCGGGACCUGUGGAACAAAACAAAGGAAGCUGUGAAAAAUGCUGCUAAGAAAAUGAAGACAUCCGUAAAGGGGGCGUACAAGGAGGCCAAGGACAACAUCAAGAAAGCCACGAAGGAGGCCAAGGAUAAGCUAAAGGAAAAGGCGUUUAAGAUCGUGUCUGAAUUGCUAUCAAAGGUUACGAGUGGUUAUGCCGCGGAUGAAACUGACCGUUACGGAAAAUUUAUGAGGAAGUUGCUCAAAAUGUUUCGUCAAGCGGAAGAGCAACUACGGAAGGCUGGAAACAGUUUGGGACAACUGCAGCACUCGUGAAAAUAAAGACUAAAACAAGUGUUCUGAACAAGAUUUGCGUUAAAGCUCUCUUUUUCACAUUUCUUUGAGAAUGCUAAUA